AUGAAUGUGUGAGAGGUCGGGGCUUAGCGUCUCCGUGGCCAAGCGUGUCUAGGGCUGUGUGGUUCUUGGCAGUGCGAGCUCGUCCAAGCCACAGUCUGUAGCGUGUGAAGUGGGCAAGGUGCUGAUUUUGGCUAGGAGCGGAGUAUUCUGGUAAACAUGGGUUCAGGAAGCAGUAAAUGUACCCCUUUGGAAUGCUUCCUGAACAACUGGAAAUUGGCCAUCAAGGAUGAUGAUUGGGGGUUCAAGUUGAAGAAGCAGCGGCUUAGGACCCUUUGUGAAGUGGACUGGCCGACGCAGGGGACUGGCUGGCCGUCCCAGGGCAGUUUUGAUGGACGGUUGAUCAAUCCCUUGUGGUAGAGAGUAAUUGCAAACCAUCCAGACCAAAUUCCCUAUAUUUCCACGUGGAAAACCAAUGUGGAUAAAAACCCCCCUUGGCUACAGGCUUGCCGAACUGCUCCACCACGGGCAAGGAUCUGUGCUGUCCGGCAGCAGAAAUUGCCUCUUGUUGUCCAAGACACAGAGGAAGAUGAGUUAAUUGUGAGGCCACCUCCUUAUACCCCCCCAGCACCGGCCCCACUACCACCACAGAAUGAUCCACCCCCGCAGAAUAAUCCCCAGGAUAACCCCCCAAACCCAGUUGGUGGCAGCCUUAUCAACCCAACCCCUGAGGAUAAAAACCCCACCAAAUCAGAGACAGAUAAGGAGGAUGAAAGUGACGAUGAUGAGGAGGAUGAGGAAACACUGUUAAAGAUGUUGGAAGAGAAGGUACAGAAGGGGGAGAAGUGGAGUAAGAAGCAAGACAAAUGGAUAAAGGACUAUGUAGACCCCUAUAAAGACCAAGUGGAUGUUAGUCCCCACCUUUUAGAAGUGGCACGUUGUGAGGAUGGGUGCUGGAAGAAGAAACAAAAGAGGUGGCUGGAGGCAGCACGUAGAGCCACCACCCACCAUGAGAGAGAGAGAGGGAAGAAAGAUCAGGCUACAGCCUUGAUGCCCCUCCGGGUAGUUUAUGACCCCCCGGGACCGCCAGGGGAGAAUGGGGCAGCAGCACCACACACCUACACAAUCCAACAUGUGCCUUUUUCAACUGCUGAUAUUUGCAAUUGGCGCAAUCAAAACCCCUCCUUUGAGGAGAACCCAGCCAAAAUCAUCAAACUUUUUGAAGGGAUCUUUAAAACUUAUGACCCUACCUAUGAUGAUGUUCAAUAUCUUUUGGACUCUCUGUUAACAAUGGAAGAAGUCCGGAGGGUCCAUAGUGAGGCAAGGGCGCAUCUGAGGCAAAUGAUAACCAAAUGA